AUGGUACGUUUGCUGAAAAUGAGCAGAGGACUCGUGUUGUCUUCGAAGGCUCACGUUUCGGGGGUCGUGUGCACUCUCUUCUGUGCCUUCCUCUCUAUGGGGCGUGUCGGCUUCACCAGUCCAGUCGGCGUGUCUUCGCCCUCCCCGAUCUACCCACCUUUCUCUGACUGCAGCAGAUCACUCGCGCCCGCGCGAGUGGCGAUUGUUGGAGGGGGGAUAACAGGAGUGGCAACUGCAGCUUUCCUGCGAACGCUAGAAAGGGAUAUGGCAGACGCGCGCCAUACGGGAUGUGGACGCCGUGACCUCCUCAGUGGCGGCGAACAGUCCGGCAACCGACGUUUCGUCAUUGACCUCAUUGAGGCUGGUGGACGCCUAGGCGGAAGACUGGAUUUCGAGGAACUUGAUGGAGCAUUCGUGGAACUCGGGGGCUCUGAGAUACAUGCAACGAACGAAUGGAUGGUUCACUUUCAUGACGCUUUCAAUGCACAUCUUUCGGCGAAGCGCGGAACGGUGCGCGCGGGCGGAGAAAUCUCAAACAGAAAGGCUCCAAAAUCUGUCACACCACUCGUGUCUCCGGACAUCCCAAUUCUUCUGCAUGAUGGAGACAACACCACAACGAUCAGCCUAGAUACUACCUCAGAGAUGGAAAACAGCAUGUUGAGCAUUGGACAGGCUAUCUUGCAUGAUCUCAUAGCGGGGUGGACGAGACUCUAUCCGCUUUUUAAAUUGCAGACAUGCCCCGAUUUUUCUGGCAAACAGUACUCCAUCAGGGAAGGCACCUCAAGCGUUUCCGCCGCGCCGGCGGCUAAUAAGAAACCGACCCCCUUGCCGGCAUUUCACUCCGCAAUAGAGAUGCUUGACGCCGUUGGCUUGUCUCCUCUGCUUGAGUAUCGCCUGGAGGACGUCUUGAAUAGCUUGAGUCCUACUCCGUUUGUCAGAAACCUCAUAGAUGCGCUCCUCAGAGGUGUGUAUACGCAAGGAGUUUCAAUGCACGCGCUAGCUGGCGCAGUCAGUCUAGCAGCGCAGACUGGAAAUCUGUACGCGAAAGAACGCCCAGGCCGGGAGUUGGUGACGUUCCUCGCGGAAACUCACGUUGACCAUGUUUUUCGAAGUUGCCGGAUUCAACGCAUCGAAGAACGUGCGCCGCGCCAGGGAGAGAAGUAUCGAAAAACGUUUCGGCUGGUGACCUCAGAUGCCUUGUGCCCACCCGUGACGAAAGCGUACCUUAACACUCGCGCGUACGAUGCUGUCGUUAUCGCGACACCUCUCGAAGUCGCAGAUAUCGCUGUCCUUCGCAGAAACAAGGCAGGAAACCUGGAAUUGCUGGAGCUCCCCCCUCCUCGAAAGUUCCAGGAGAUCUUUGUGACCGUUGUCGCAGCGGACGGAAUACAGAAAGAUGGCCUUCUUAAUCCCACUGGGGGGGCGACGCUGACGACUUCUCGGCAGCGCAGCAGCGGCUCCACGGAAAACCGUGAUAUUUCGCUUUUUGCGGCAUGGUGUGGACACAGCCCGUCUGCUGACUUGCAAAAUGGACAAGCAAGGCGGUUCAUUUGCAAACUUACCAGUGAGCGGAGCCUUACAGAUGACGACGUGUCGCACCUGUUCAGCGGCGUGCACGCCAUCAUUCGACGCAAAUGGCCUGCGUACCCUUUUCUGAUCCCCAUUCCUCGCUACCCACAGGACGCGGGAGACGACAGCAGUCCGCAGCGCGAGAGAGGACUGGAAAACGACCCGACUCGCUUUCAGCUGAUGGAGAAUGUCUUUUAUCCCAACGCAUUCGAGGGCGCGUUUUCGUGCAUGGAGGGUCAGGCCAUGGCUGCGCGGAAUACCGCCCAUCUUCUAUGGAACGCCCUCGCGUGA